UUCCGGGUCGUUGGUCGUAAUACACGUGAGAACCAGUCCGGAGGAGCUGAGUUUGACUGGGACUAGACUACUACAGGUUUCUCUCAAGUGGACAGGAUGGACGGGAAAGUAAAGGAACAGAAGCGACAUCAGCAGAAGCACAGCGGACCAAAGGCAGAGAGGAAGAAGCUCAAGAAGCAGGGAGCCUCCACAGAAGAGGAUGGACGAAAACGCAACCCCAAAGCCUUCGCAGUCCAGUCUGCGGUCCGCAUGGCCAAGACUUUCCACAGGUCCCAGGACAUAAAGACCAAAAAACAUCACAUCCCCCAUGUAGACCGGACUUCCCUGGAACCCCCCCCAAUUGUGAUUGUAGUAGUUGGGCCCCCCAAGGUGGGAAAAAGCACCCUGAUCCGCUGCCUGAUCAAAAACUUCACCCGACAGAAGCUUGGGGAUAUAUAUGGACCUGUAACCAUCGUCUCUGGAAAGAAACGCCGCCUCACUUUCAUGGAGUGUAACAAUGACAUUAAUACAAUGAUCGACCUCGCAAAAGUAGCUGAUCUGGUUUUGAUGUUGAUUGAUGCCAGCUUUGGCUUUGAGAUGGAGACUUUUGAGUUCCUCAAUAUCUGUCAGGUGCACGGCUUCCCUCGUAUCAUGGGCGUGCUGACUCACCUGGAUGCUUUCAAAAACAACAAGACACUGAGGAAGACUAAGAAAAACCUCAAACAUCGUUUCUGGACGGAGGUCUACCAGGGGGCGAAGCUGUUCUACCUGUCUGGUAUGGUGUACGGUGAAUACCAGACUCAGGAAGUAAAGAACCUGGGCCGCUUCAUCUCAGUGAUGAAGUUUCGUCCUCUGGUGUGGCAGACCACCCACCCAUAUGUGCUUGUUGACCGUAUGGAGGAUUUAACUGACCCUGAGAAGGUGAGGACAGACCCCAAGUGUGACCGGACAGUGUCUCUCUACGGCUACCUGCGAGGGACAUAUUUGAAAAACAAAGGCCAGGUCCAUAUCCCAGGUGUAGGAGACUUUCAGGUAGCAGAUGUGAACUUCCUGCCAGACCCGUGUGCCCUGCCAGACGCUCAGAAGAAGAGAGCGCUGAAUGAGAAGGAGCGUCUCCUCUACGCACCCAUGGCAGGUGUUGGAGGGGUCGUGUAUGACAAAGAUGCGGUUUAUAUUGACCUUCCUGCCAACCAUGUGAAGCAACAGCAGGAGGAGAUGCGGCCGACCACAGAGCUGGUCCAGUCUCUCAUUGACACGCACGCCACCCUGGACGCCAAGAUGGCUGCCAGUAAGGUGUCUCUGUUCAGCGGUUCUGCCACCCUGGAGCCCACCGACUUUGGCGAGCAAAUCGGAGAAAAGGAGGGUCUUCAGGAGGAGUGUGUCUGGGACCCUAACACCCAGAGAAAUAGGAGGAAGGUGGUCUUCACUGAGGAGGAGGAGGAAGGGGAUGAUGCCAGCGACUCAAGUGAUGAUGAGGACGGUGACAGUGAUGACAGUGACCAGGAGGAGCAGGAAGAGGAUGGAGACGAGGAUACCCUGUCCUCAUUUCUCAAAGAGGCAAGAUCCAAAUCUGAGCAGACAGAAAGGACUGUGACCGAUGCUCCACCAGUGAAGAAACGGAAACAGGAGGAGGUGACGGAGGACGCCGAGCUGCCCGCGUUCGCUGACAGUGAAGAUGAGCUGGAGAUGAGCGAGGAGGAGAGUGGAGAAGAGGGGGAGGCUGUGAGAGCAGGAGACUCUGGACACUGCUCUGAAGAGGACGAUGAAGAGGAGGAAGAUGGUGAAGAAGAGUCUGAAGAUGAAUCAAUGGAGGAGGAGGAUGCAGCUGAUGCUGCAAUGACCAAACAAACCGCAAGUGACAGUGAGGAAGAAGAAAUGGGGGAUCUGAGGUGGAAAGAGGGUCUGCAGCAGAAAGCAUCCGAAGCAUUUCUACGCCAACAAGAAGCUGCCCCCAAUCUAAGAAAACUGGUUUAUGGUUCAGUUGUAGAGGCAGAUGAUUCUGAGGAUGAUGAGCAGGAGCUGGGGGGGCUGUUUCGAGUCAGCCGGCCUCAGAAGAGCAAAAGGUUCCUAGCAAAUGCUGUCGACAGCUCCCACUUCAACCCUGACGCCUCCCACGACUGGGACUUGGAGGAGAUGCUAAAUUCCAUCAGGGACUGCUUUGUUACAGGAAAGUGGGAGGAUGGCCAAGAUGCUGCCACACUGCUGAAGGAGGAUGAGGAGCUGUAUGGUGACUUUGAGGAUUUGGAGACAGGAGAAGUCCACAAGGGCCAAAGUGGGCAGCAGGAUCAAGCUGAGAAUACUGAGAGCAGUGAAGAUGAUAACGACAAUGAAGAAACUCUGGUGAAGAGGGACGACGAUGAGGUCCAGAAGAACAAGCGUCUGGAGAAGAAGCAAAGGCUGAAGGAGCGAUUCGAUUCAGAGUACGAUAAUGGAGACGCCACUUACUUCGAUGACCUGAAGGAGGAAAUGCAGAAGCAGGCUGAGUUAAACAGGGCAGAGUUUGAGGAUGUGGAUGAUGAGACCAGAGUGCAGUAUGAAGGCUUUAGACCAGGAAUGUACGUCAGAUUAGAAAUCUCCACUCUACCCUGCGAGUUUAUUACCAACUUCGAUCCUCAUUAUCCCAUAAUCCUCGGCGGUCUGGGCUCCAGUGAGGGCAACGUAGGAUACUUGCAGAUGCGGCUGAAGAAACACCGCUGGUACAACCGCAUCCUGAAGACACGGGACCCUCUCAUCUUGUCUUUAGGCUGGAGGCGCUUCCAGACAAUCCCCCUCUACCACAUUGAAGAUCACAACGGACGCCAUCGCCUGCUCAAAUACACACCGCAGCACAUGCACUGUGGAGCCUCCAUCUGGGGUCCCGUCACACCACAGGGCACAGGCUUCCUGGCGGUGCAGGCAGUAGCAGGAACUAAAGCUAAUUUCCGUAUUGCAGCCACAGGAGUUGUCCUGGACCUGGAUAAGUCUGUGACUGUAGUAAAGAAGCUCAAACUCAUCGGUUACCCCUACAAGAUCUUUAAGAACACCUCCUUCAUUAAGGGCAUGUUCAACACAGUGCUGGAGGUCGCUAAAUUUGAAGGAGCUUCUAUACGAACAGUGUCAGGGGUCAGAGGUCAGAUCAAGAAGGCACUGUCUACACCACCAGGAGCUUACAGAGCCACGUUUGAGGACCGUCUGCUUAUGAGUGACAUCGUGUUCCUGCGCUCCUGGUAUCCAGUGACUGUUCCUCAGCUCUACAACCCUGUCACGUCUCUGCUGCUGCCUGUCGGUCAGAAGGACAGCUGGGCGGGCAUGAGGACCCUGGGGCAGCUCAAAUUUGACCUGGGCAUCCGCAACAAACCCAACACGGACUCUCUGUACAAGCCGGUGGUUCGAGCCCAAAGGCACUUCAACCGCCUUCACAUCCCUAAGGAGCUCCAGAAGGCCCUGCCCUUCAAGAGCAAACCCAAACAGCAGCAAGCCAAAGGAAAGACACCCAGAGAUCUCGAGAGGCCCAGUGUGAUCAGAGAGCCCCAUGAGAAGAAGGUGGCAGCUCUGCUCCACGCUCUGAGCACAGUCCACAACUACAAGAAGAAGAAAGCCCACAAGGCUCAGCACAACAAACACAAGGAGUUCUUGCAGGAGAAGGAUAAACAGGAGGAGGCAAAGAUGAAGAGACAGAAGGAGGCACGUAAAAAACUGUACCGCGUCAUGGGCCAGGCGGACCAGAAGAAGCACAGGUCCAGUCUGAAGGGGGCACCCCAGGACGACUAACUCACUGACUCUGGACUCACAUGAAAACCCCUGCAGACUGUUAUUGAGAUGCCUGGUCUGCUCUUUGGACUGUUGCCAUUUGUUUCAUUACUUUGGCAAAAUCAUUUUUAUUGUUUUUUACUAGAUGAAUUGCUAUUGAACAUCAGAUGUAAAAGUCUUAUGAAAUGUGUUUGAAUUAAACACGUGUCUGUCAAUGGAAA